AUGACGAUUCUUUGAGCGAGAGAGGAAAUCAGAGCAGAAUAAAAUUGGGUAUGCACACCAUCUGCAAAGGUAACAUGAACCAGCAGAAUUGGAGAUUGUAUUUGAUUCUGUCGGGGGCCUUCUUACUUUCUGCCAACAGUUAUUCAUCACAAAAAAAUGAAACCACCACAUCAAUGAUUCAUGCAACCCAGCCAGCUCCAUCAGGAAAAGACAGAUUUGUUCCAUUAUCGACAGCAAUCACACAUCAUGGUCUCUGUACUAACAACAGCCUCACAUUACCAGUGAGUAAUCAAGCAUCAGCAACUGUUCCACAGAACACACCUACAAGGAGAUUUCUGGAAGCUUUCCACAAAGGGAAUGCUGCAAGCAGCAAAACCACCGAUGAACACCUGUGGAAUUCUACAUCUCCAUCGGUCUCCCCGCCAGCUACUAAAAAUAUUGCAAAGACGCCCCUGGAGAACAACAAAGUAAUUUUGAUGAUUGUGCUUCCAAUUCUGGGUCUUGCUUUGGUUGGUUUAGUGAUAGCCUUCCUGAUAAAUCAUACUCAUGAGAAAAAACAACGUGCAGAGCAUGCGAGUGAGGAUCAAGUGGCUCUUAAUCAUGAGAUUAACAGUGAAAAUCCAGCCAGCCCAAUCUUUGAGGAUGAUGUCGCCUCGGUGAUGGAAGUUGAAAUGGAUGAACUCGAUAGAUGGAUGGGCAACAUGAAGAAGAUAUCUCCACAAGACAGUUUACCAGACAUCAGUGAAGAAAAAGACCUGAAAUCCAAAUCAAGGGAUCCGGAAUUAUGAAACCUUUUUUCAAGUUUUGACAAAGACUGAUUCCUGUCUUUGAAUGGAGACAUUCAUUUGUACAACAGUGUAUCUGUGAAGGCUUUAUUUCUUCUUUUAGAGAUGUUUGUUUAUGGAUUCAUAUUUCACGAAUGUUUUAAACAGGAAGUAUUUGUUUUUCGUUUGUUAACCAGAUUUUUAAAGGCAAAAUGGUUAGUACUGCAGAGGCUAAAAAUCUGAAAUUUAUAAAAUAAACAAAAUGAUGGAAAUGUACAGCAAGUCUGUAAAAGCUUAGAAGAGUAAAUUGGGGAAGGGGCCUGAUCUGAAAUGGUAACUUCCCAGCUGCUGGCAAAAUUACUUAUUCCAAGAAUUUUCUGUUUCUUUUAUUGUACAUGUAGCUGUUUUAUGAAAUAGAUUUUGCUGAUUUUUAGUGAUUCCUACAGAAAUGUAUUUGAUUUACUGAACCUACUAAGAUUCUGUUUUUAAAAAAAUGUAACUUGCUCAGCAAGGUUAAAGUUGAUGUAAGACAAACAUGAGACAAAUAUUAGAUGGAGAGGAAAAAAUAAUACACAUGCAGUAUUGCAUUUCUCACUUGUUAAUGCAGCACAACUAUGUCUAAA